GAAGUCAAUACACGUAUACAUACAUAUUGGCAUUCACGUAUACCAAACAGUACAUAUAUACCGAAGUACACAUAUAUACAGCUAUAUAUACACUUCUAUAUAUAUAUAUAUAUAUAUAUAUGUACUUCAAAAUGGGUCCAACAAGUUUAAGGCAUGGGGGGACGCAUUCUAACUCAAGUCUGGCACGUCACAGCCACUACCAACCGUCACGGAGGACUCGAUUAAUGUCAAAAUUCUCCAGUAUUGGACCUAGAUUCAGGAGGCACAUUACCUUUGCUAACGAUGAUAACAUAGAGAGGAUAGAUAACACAUAUGCCGGGCAUGAAUACGAUCGCACAAGUGUGCGUACGCAUCUCAAGGAUUUUGACGACUUCAAACGGUGUAUAGUAGAUGUGAUCAUAUACAAGAAGGAAGAAAUGAAUCUUACACUGGACCCCAAUUGGUAUCAAUCGGCCGCAGGCAAAGGGUUUUCCGGCCGGAAGAUUAGUAAUGUAGACAUAUCUAGAAGUCCGUUGACCACGGGCGUAGGUCAAAAUAGUAAGCUCAACAUAUUGGCGGCGUCGACGCCUCGCGAUGAUGUCGAUAUCGAAAGGGUAGGUUAUGUGUCUAUGCGGUAGAAAUAUCAUAUGAGUGAGGCAUUCGUACAUGUAUGAUUGUCUGCAUGUCUGCAAUGUGGAAUGUUCUCUAUACGGCAAGGGCGCACACUGUCCCUGCAACUUUUUCUGUAAAUACACUGUUUCAUCUCUCC